CGCUAGUGCUGCUGCAUGCGAUUGAGUGUCUCUUUUUCUCUCCUCAUUAUUGUGGUUGACUCCUAUACGUGAGAUACGAAGAACAUCAUCAUAAUCAUCCAGUUAUCUAUCUAUCUAUCAUGCAUUCCUUCAAAGCCAUCACCCUAUUGAGCACGCUGCUCCUGGCGGGGGUUGGGAGUGCGAGGUUGAGUACGACUAUCGGUCUCGAGACAGACGAAGGCAGCCACUCGGUCCAGAUCCCCUUCGAUGACUGUACUCAAGUUGGGCAGUUUGAAGUUCGAGGCGUGUUCCUCUCCAAGACGUGUCGUCUUUUCACUGGAGUAGGCUGCACCGGACGAAACACCCUCCUGCAGCCUGGUGAACAUACCUCGUCGGAGCCAGUUUAUGUUGAUAGUGUGCUUUGCUAUCCGUGAAGAAUAUACUUGGUUGUUCUUAGGGUGGUCUGAUAUCGGGUGGUUUGGGGGUGUAUAAUAGGAGUUGAGGGAUGAGUGGAUGAAUGGAUGGAAUAUUGUGUCAUACUAGGUGAAUGGUAAUACUUGGAGGUGGAAUUUGCCUAAGUUCAUUCCAUCGGAAGCCGGGUAGAAAAUAUGGAAAGUAGUGC